AUGUCGGACACGGACCUGACACAGGGCAGCCAGCUCAGCGAGCCGCUGGCAGACCGGCGGAUCCUGGUGAUGGGGAUGCCGCGCAGCGGCAAGACAUGCAUCAUGCAGCUGAUCUUUGAGGACAAGAACCCGUAUGACCUGAUGGACCAGCUGAUUCCGCCGACGAUGGUGCGGACAGCCUACGAUAUGAUUUCGGGGAUCACAGUAUACGACUUCCCUGGAAUCGAGGACCUGGCCGACGUGGGCGGGCCGGACCCCGAGAUAUUCGUGGGCCCAAACACAUCGCUGGUGUACGUGAUUGACGCGCAGAACGAGGCGGGCAAGUCGCUAGCAGAGCUCCUGGCGCUGAUCCGCGUGGCAUUGGCGGCGAACCCGGCGCUACCGGUGAAUGUGUUUAUCCACAAGAUCGACGGGCUGAGCGAGGAGCUGAAGAUGGAGACGCAGCAGGGGAUUCAGCAGCGGGUGCUGAAGAACAUGGGGUUUGAGAGCCUGGACUCGUCGAACGUGCAGUUUUUCCUGACCACGGUGUUCACAGAGACGAUCCGCGAGGCCAUGAGCCGCGUGUCGCUGCGGAUGGUGCCGCGGUGCGACUACCUGGAGAGCCUUCUGAACUCGUUCUGCUCAAAGUCGAGCCUCGAUAAGGUGUUUCUGCUGGACGUGCGCUCCAAAAUCUACCUGGCAACCGACUCAUCGCCGACCGACCCGCAACUGUACCAGUUUGCGUGCAAGACCAUCGAUACGAUUGGCGACAUUUCUAUGCUGUGUGCGGGGCUCGGACCGGAGCGCGACGACGAGGUGGUGAUGCAGCGCACGGUGGUGACCAUGGACACGAACAUGCGGCUGUUCAUGUACCAGGUCAAUCUGGAGCUGUCGCUGCUGUGCCUGGGGCCGUCAGCGGUGGUCAAGCAGCAGAGUCUACUCGAGUUCAAUGCGGCCAAGGUGGCCAAGGCUAUUCGGCAGAUUCUGCAGUAA